AUGUUCCCCCCAGACGUUCCAGCUCAAGAUUUCAUCAUCGCUUACGCUUCUUUCUUGCAAAGACAAGGUAAGUUGGAGGUUCCAGGUUACGUCGAUGUCGUCAAGACCUCUUCUGGUAACGAAAUGCCACCACAAGACGCUGAAGGCUGGUUCUACAUGAGAGCUGCUUCCGUCGCUAGACACAUCUACUUGAGAAAGCAAGUUGGUGUUGGUAAGUUGAACAAGUUGUACGGUGGUGCUAAGAACAGAGGUGUUAGACCACACAAGCACAUUGACGCUUCAGGCUCCAUUAACAGAAGGGUUUUGCAAGCUUUGGAAAAGAUUGGUGUCGUCGAGAUCUCUCCAAAGGGUGGCAGAAGAAUUUCCGAGAACGGUCAAAGAGAUUUGGACCGUAUCGCUGCCCAAACCUUGGAGGAAGACGAAGAAUAA